CGGCCCGGAUCGACUCGCUCUGGGAUCUGUUGAGGACCUCGUGACCGUCAUCAACAGCCUCUCGUUCGCCGACUCGACAACGCCUCGUCCUGCGGUGCGAUCGCGGCGAACCGACCCGAGGAGGAGAGACGACCAACCGAACAGCGACUCAGAUAAACACGCGCACCGGGGACUCGCGCCAUGACCGCCCGGCUAUGAGACAUCGGACCCGGGAGCCAUGGCGGGCUGGAACCGGAUCGCCGCGUUCUCUUCUCCGCUGCCGCGAGUCGGUUUGUUGUUGUUGUUGUUGUUGUUGACGGCUCGGAGGAGCAGCGGCAGACCGCUGGAGGAGGAGGCAUGCCGCGGGUCGUGUCAACCGCCGAGACCCCCCGUGGUCCUCAUUCCCGGGGAUCUGGGGAACCAGCUGGAGGCGAAGCUGGAUAAACCCAGCGUGGUCCACUACAUCUGCUACAAGAAGACGGACGCCUUCUUCACCCUGUGGCUCAACCUGGAGCUGCUGGUGCCGGUGGCCAUCGACUGCUGGAUCGACAACAUAAGGUUGAUCUACAACACGACCACACACAGCACCUCGUCCCCUCCGGGUGUGGACAUCCGAGUCCCGGGGUUCGGUCAUACGUACCCCCUGGAGUACCUGGACCCCAGCAAACGCUCUGUGGGCAUGUAUUUCUUCACCAUAGUGCAGGCGCUGGUCGACUGGGGCUACACCAGAGAUGAUGACGUCAGAGGAGCUCCUUACGAUUGGAGGAAAGCACCGAAUGAGAACAAAGAGUAUUUCCUGGCACUGCAGCAGAUGAUCGAAGAGAUGGCGGAGAAGGCCGGCGGGCCCGUGGUGCUCAUCGCGCACAGCAUGGGCAACAUGUACACGCUGUACUUCCUCAACCAGCAGCCGCAGGCCUGGAAGGACAAGUACAUCAAGGCCUUCGUGUGCCUGGGUCCGCCGUGGGCGGGGGUCGCCAAGACGCUCCGCGUGAUCAUCUCCGGUGACAAUAAUCGCAUCCCGGUGAUCAGUCCGCUGAAGAUUCGCUCCCAGCAGCGUUCUGCCGUCUCCACCUCCUGGCUGCUGCCCUACGCCCACUCCUGGCCCAAAGAUGAGGUCCUGGUGCAGACGCCCACCACCAACUACACCUGGCAGGACUACAAGCAGCUCUACUCGGACAUCGGCUUCGAGGACGGCUGGCUGAUGCGGCAGGACACGGAGCCCCUGGUGGACGAGCUGACGCCGCCCGGCGUGGCCGUCCACUGCCUGUUCGGCAGCGGCGUGGACACGUCCGAGGCCUUCCGCUACUCGGACAAGUUCCCCGACGUGGAGCCCACGGUGGUGUACGGCGACGGCGACGGCACGGUGAACCUGCGCAGCGCCGUGCAGUGCAGGCGGUGGGUGGGCAAGCAGAAGCAGCCCGUGGCGGUGAAGGAGCUGCCGGGCAACGAGCACGUGAACAUGCUGCUGAACAUCACGACCGUGGCGUACAUCAAGAACGUUCUGUUCUCGCCGUGACGCUGGACGAGAGACGCGCCGAGGGACAGGAAGUGACUCUGAACGGAGGCGAGAUAUUCCCUCUGUACCGGCCACGAUCGGGGGGGGAUUAUUGGAAAACUUUCUGGUAGAAUCAAAGUUUUAAAUUGAUUUUAAAUAGCUGGAAUUGACGUCACAUCGUUUACUGCCUAAAUAUGCUGACUUUUAUAUUUGUCUUUAGAUUUUAAUCCCAAGAUGUUUGACCAGGGUCACGUGCCACAGUCUGAGUUAUUAUUAAAAGUCAGUCAGGUCUUCUAUCAGUGUUGUGAAUGAGAUUUCUGAACUAACGUUAUUUAUCUUUCUCAGUGCUGCAGGUCGUGUGUGUGUGUGUGUGUGUGUGCGCGUGCGUGCGUGCGUGCGUGCGUGCGAGAACCAACCUUAACAGUUGUUUGAGGUUAAUUUUUGUUGCAUACAGCCGAAAUGUAAAAUCCCUGAUUGUCCAAGAAAUUAACUUGUUUUUAUUUUCAUCAUCCAAAUAUCACAUGAGUCGUUUGCCGAUUUUGAAUAUGACUGGGAUAUGGAAAUUGAUUUUAGUCCCUCAUAGAUCAUAGAAUUUGACAGUUUUAGAAAAAUAUUUUUUUUAUAUAGCUUUAAACUGCAUCACACGGACUUUAACGAUGAAAGUUGUCGGCUCCAUUCACUGAAGUUCAUCAUGUGUCAUGAUGAAGACCAUGAAUUGCAGUUGAAACAUCUGCUGUUUGACUCAACACCCCAAAAAAAGAAACAAAGAAAAUCUGAAUUUACAUCAGCAUUCGCAUUUCAUGGUCUUCAUCGACAAAUGGAGAGUUGAUACAGUUGUUACGUAGUUCCCUGAUUGAGUUCCCUUGAGUUUUUAUUUUGUCGAACUUUGUCAACAAAUGAAAUUCAUUUUCGAUUUUAUAUAUAUAUAUAUAUAUAUAUAUAUAUAUAUAUAUAUAUAUAUAUAUUCCAUAUAUUAGUGUUGUAACGUCCGUGCAAAAUUGAAAUUUCCAAAAUGAACCACAAGUGUUAACAUGGAUGGUUGAGAAAUUAAAUUAUCCUCAUUUUCAGCACAGUAAUGUUUUCUUUUCUUUUCUUUUACUUCCUCCGUACAGACUUUCCAAAACGGAAACAGCCGUUUCCAUGUUUCUAUAUAGGAUAUUCAGAUGGAACUGUACAUAUGUGUAAUGUAAUAAUCGGAUGUGUUUCUGUUCAUAUUGUCGUCGAAGUUUAAAACCUGAUGCCACGUCGUCGUGGAGGAGAUGCAGAUUGUAACUGCGGCGUCACUGCAGAGGAAACAACAAUACUCCUAAAUUAUUGUAUCUGCUGUGAACUGUCAUGAACAUGUGUUGCCUUCUACAGAGUCAAAUAUAUCACAUAUAUAAACGCA